AUGAUCCGGGUUCACCUUUGCGUUGGUUUUGCCUGUGGGCGUGCCAACCUGUGCGAAUUUCGCUCCGAGGCACGUGUCACCUUGCGUACCGUGCUUCCUGACAUGAGCCGAAAAAUCAGUCAGAAGACGCGUGUGGUGAAGCGGACGGCCAACCCCAUGUUCAACCACACCAUGGUGUACGAUGGCUUCCGGCCAGAGGACCUCAGGGAGGCCUGCGUGGAGAUCACAGUGUGGGACCACGACCGCCUCAACAACCACCACAUCGGUGGUCUGAGGCUGGGGUUAGGCACAGGGAAGAGUUACGGGACGGAGGUGCUUUGGAUGGAUUCAACGCCAGAUGAAGCAGAUUUAUGGCAGAGGAUGUUACAAUCUGAUGGUGAAUGGGUGGAGGAUGUUUUACCUCUGAGGAAGUUGGUGAUGGCAAAAAGCAUGUCAAAGUGAGAUUGUAUAAAAUGUGUUGAUAAAUGUGAUGAAACGUUACGAGAGCAUAGCAUAUGGAUGGAUCUACAACAGUCUGUCUGAUGGGUAUCAUAUCUGUAUAACUGAUGAUCAUCGUGUGGUACUUUGGUUUUUAGUAGGGGUGCACCGAAUGGGAAAUUCUUGGCCGAAACCGAUACCGAAAAUAGGAAA